AGCGAGCUCUUUCUUUUUGCCACGGAUGCAUAACCCACGUGCAAAGUCAGUCACGCAUAUACACAGAUACUGCAUCGGCAGAGGAGAGAAAACAAGCUUGCAUAGGAAGCUUUGCAAGGAUUCCUGGAGAAGUUUUAUCUCCUCCAUCUGCAAGUACACUCCGCUUCCAAUUAAUUAAGUUAAGUAAUCAAAUUUAAAAUUUGCUGCGCCAUUGACUGUUCACAUCGUUGCCUAAUACAAGCUUAUUAUUAUCUUUAUUGUUUCUUAGGCAUAGCUAUCAAAAUCUUUGGCUUUGUUUUAAGAUUACUGCGAUGACAAAUGAUGAUGAUGAUUCCUCGAGGUCGUGGCGCCUGUUUACGUCGGAAGACAUGAUCCAAGGUUAUAAGCCAAAGAGUGUGAGAAAACGCAAGAAAUUUGCAGAGAAAGAGAAUGUAAAAGGAAAUUCGGCUAAGCGUUUUAGUUUCCCUACAUCUUCUGUCACAGAUGGAAGGCAUGAUACACCACCUCCAAGAAUACCAUCUGCUGUUACUGGCACUCCUCUGACUUUAAGGCAGACCCAAUACAGCUCAGCUCAUGGAGGUACAAUUCCGUGUGACUUCAAACACAGUCUGGAAACUGCUGGAUUUCUCUCGACACCGGAGAAUACAUUGAACACCAAAAGAACUCCGCUGUCUAACAUAACUAACAUUGUGGAUGAUAAUAAUGUUCCAAUUACACGUAAAUAUCUAGGUCAUCAGAACAGUGCUGUUAUUUCUUCAACACCGGAGAAUACAUUGAACACCACAAGAACUCCGUUGUCCAACAUAACUAACAUUGUGGAUAUUAAUAGUAAACGAAAUAGAUGUAAAUAUCUGGGAAUGUAUGAGAACAAUUUGAGAGACACAGCCCGGAACCUUUUUGCUGAAACCUCUUCAAGGCUAGAUGAAUACUCUGCUGAAAGCUCUUCCCAGACAGAAGACACAGCCAAAUGCAUGCCUGAUGAUGAUAAUGAGUGUUCUACUGUCCAAGAUCCUGUUCUUUCUGAUGAUUCUGACAAUGGUUACAUAAGUGGUUCCUCAAGCAUUGAUGAAGACUAUGUACCUGGCAUGGAUACAGAUUGUGAUAGUGAUUCUGAACAUGUCCCAAAUUUAGCUUCAAAGAAAACUGUACCAAAAGAAUAUGUCAGUCUUGGGAGUCCUGAAUCUAUAUGCUCUAAAUGCAAUGCGCGCCUGUGGAAAGAGGAACGCGUCAAUAAGCAAGUCACAAAAGGACUCCCAAUAUUCAGUAUAUGCUGCCGGAAGGGUGAUGUGAAGCUUGCACCUGCUCCUCGAACCCCGUCAUACUUACUGCAGCUAUAUAACAACAAAGAGACGGGACCUCAUUUCCAACGUAGCAUACGACUAUACAAUGCAAUGUUUGCAUUUACAUCUACCGGUGGGAAUGUGGACCACUCUAUCAACAAUGGUAGAGGUCCAUAUGUUUACAGACUUAAUGGUCAGAACCACCACGUCUUUGGUCAGUUGAUACCUGAUGAUGGCCAGGCUCCAAAGUAUUGUCAAUUAUACAUCUAUGACACGGCAAAUGAGGUUAACAAUCGGCUUCGCUGGGUAAAUGUUGAGGACCAGAAAACAGUUGAGAAGGAUGUAGUUCAAGGUCUUAUACAGAUGCUUGAUCAGACAAAUGAAUUGGUUUCGAAAUUUCGUAUGGCACGAGAUCGCUUUGAAAAUCAUGACUUUGUUGAUUUGAAGGUAGAGCUGAAGGUAUGCAGAUCACAAAGCGGCCGGGAGAACCAUAUAUCCACUUCUGAUGAGGUUGCAGGAAUAAUGGUUGGUACUACUGAUAAUACCACUCCAGAUCGUGAUAUUAUAGUUGAGAAGAAAUUUGGUGGACUGCAGAGAAUAUCAUAUAUUCAUCCUAAACUCAUGGCGCUACAAUACCCUUUGCUCUUUCCAGAUGGUGAGGAUGGUUACCACAAUAGAAUACCUUUUCAAAGUGCAGAGAAAGGUUCUCAAAAAGAAAAAGAUAUGAUCUCAAUGAAGGACUAUUACUCUUACAGAUUCCAAGUUAGAGACAACGAAGGCAUGACUCCUAGGUUAGGAGGAAGACUUUUUCAACAGUACAUGGUGGAUGCCUUUUCCACCAUGGAGCAGACUCGGCUAUGGUGGUUCCGUACCCACCAGACAAUACUCCGUAAUGAACUUUAUACGCAUAUUUCUGAUUCGGUCAGGAAAGGAGAUGCCAAUGCCACCAACGUUGGUAAAGGCAUCAUACUUCCAGCGGGAUAUGUUGGCUCGAAACGGUAUAUGCAACAGAAUUUCCAAGAUGCCUUGGCUGUUUGUCGUCAUGUAGGCCAUCCUGAUGUUUUCUUGACAAUGACAUGCAAUUCAAUGUGGGAUGAGAUCCAAAGGAUGAUGACUUUUGUUCCUGGAUGCAUUCCUUCCAACAAUCCGGAUAUUAUAUCCAGAGUUUUCCACUUAAAACUGGAUCAGUUAACAAAUGAUAUUAACAAGAAAGGUCACUUUGGAAAGUGUAUUGGAGUAAUGUAUGUUGUGGAAUUCCAAAAAAGAGGCCUGCCCCACGUACAUAUGUUAAUCUGGCUUGAUGCACCAUCCAAAAAGUAUCUGAAAGAAAAUGUUGACAAGUUUGUUUCUGCUGAGAUCCCAGACCCUCUACUGGAUCCUGUGGGUUAUGCAGCAGUUAAGGCGUAUAUGAUGCAUGGUCCAUGCGGUUUGCAGAACCCCAAGUCUCCUUGCAUGAAGAAUUUUAAAUGUAUACGUCAUUUCCCAAAAAAGUAUAGCUCCCAGACUGUUUUUGAUGACAGUGGAUUUCCACUGUACAGGCGUCGCAAAAGCAAUAUAACUGUUAAUGUUCACAAGGCUGACUUGGACAAUAGAUGGGUGGUCCCGUACAAUCGCGACCUUUUGGUAAAAUACCAGUGUCACAUGAACAUUGAGAUAUGCUGUCAUGCGCGGAGUAUUAAGUAUCUAUUCAAAUAUUGCCUCAAAGGUCAUGACACUGCAACUGUAGAAAUUACAGGACGCCGCAAGAAAAAAAGCACAGAUGAGACUGAACAGCCUGUUGAUGAAAUUCAGGCAUAUUUUGAUGGUAGAUAUGUAUGCGGUGCUGAGGCGGCAUAUCGAAUAUUUGGAUUUCCAAUACAUCACAGAACUCUGUCUGUUGAGCGGCUUCCAUUUCAUUUACCCGGUCAGAAGAACUGCACCUUUCGUGCCAGUGAAAAGCUUGAGAAGGUUUUGGAGCGUGAAAAUGAAAGGCUUAGCAAGUUGGAGGCUUUUUUCAUGCUGAACAAGUUUGAUAUCAAUGCCCGACGUUACACAUAUGAUCAGAUUCCACAGCAUUACGUUUGGAAUGAUCUGGCAAGAAGGUGGACUACUCGGAAAAGAGGUGCUCAAAUUGGACGAUUGUCUUACACUCAUCAUAGCAGCGGUGAAGUUUGGUACUUGCGUAUGUUAUUGACAAAGGUUCGAGGUCCCACGUGAUUUGAAGAUAUUCGAACUGUCAAUGGUGUAUUGUGUUCGACUUUUCGUGAUGCAUGUAAAGAAUAUGGCUUACUCGACGACGACAAAGAAUGGCAUGAUGUUUUGGACCAAUGUUCUGUUGGUGGUUUGC